AUGGCAGCGCCGCCCGAUCCCCAGGCCGUCGAAGAGCCCUCGUACAUCGACUACGAGACCUUCCUGUCCCCCGACUUCGCGCCCGCCUCCUUCGCCAACUCCCUCGUCCUCGCCACCAACAACCCCGACGACUCCCCGCUGGAUCUCGCGACGCCCCUGUCCCGGGUCCUCUUUGACGCCCAGGAGAUUGAUUCGCACAUUGACCUCCUCACAACCCGCUCUGCCGUGCCCCUGCUGCAGUACACGCAGUCGCAGACGCAGGCCAGCAAGGCCAUCGUGGCCCAGCUCGACGCCCAGAUUGCGAGUCUCAACGACAGCUACAAGCAGCUGGAGAAGGAGGUCAUCGACAAGCAUGCCGAGGCCGAAGAGAUUCGACAGGUUGCACAGCGCUUAUGGGAGACGCUGAGGCUGGGGAGGUCGAUGGGGAGAUGCCUGCAGCUCGGGAGACAGCUCCAGGUCCAAAUGUCCGAGCUGGGCGGCUCCAACACCGGCACCGGCACCGGCACCGGCACCGGCAAAGGCGACCACGGGGCGCUCGUUCGAUGCUCGCACACGAUCCUCUCGCUGCGUGAGGUGCUGGACAGCAGGGCGCCGGGCGAGGAAGGCCACGGGCUGGACAAGCUGGACGCAAUCAAGGCACUGCAUGACACUGUCAUUGUUCCCACAGAACGGCGCAUUGUGGAGGCAUCUGAGCGCCUCAUUCGGGAAUUCGCCGUCUCGAGCAACAUCACGUUUGCCCAAAGCGAGGAGACGCGAUCGCGACUCACGUCCGCCGUAUCUGCCCUUUACUUGUUGUCCCCCUCGGCGGGCAUACAGCCUGACAAGUGGUCGCCGAAGCUGCUCUUACAAGCCCUCGAGACCUAUGUCCGCUCCCCGCUACAGGCAAGCACCGCAGCGCUCUCGCGAUCACUGGGACAGCUUCCCACCCUGGACAAGUCUCUCGCCGAGGUCGUCUCUCAUUGCCAGAACAUUGCCUCUCUCGAGUUGAUCCUCGAGACCAUUGAGACGCCGACCCACCCCUUGUUCCCGGCUCCCGCAAAGAAGAAGCAGCAGCAGCACAGCCUCUAUCAGCUGCUGCUGUCCCGCUUCGAGACGAGCUCUCUGGUGUCCUACUUUUGGCGCACCAUGGCAAGCAACAUUUCCACUCGCGUGCAGGAGAUUGCGACCCGAGGAGGCAUCGUUGCUCGAACCCUGCGCACGAACAAGAACGUGGUUGGAGAUGCCAUACGGCAGGCGGUCGUCCGAGGGGGCCAGGCCCCCAACGUCUUUGCCAGCAGCAAGAAGAAGCCCGUUGCCGAGGCGAGCUGGGAUCGAGAGAUUGCUGUCAUGGUGGGUAGCGUGUUGAACAACAUUGGGCGGUGA